AUGAUAACUCCUGAGGGCAAGAAGGAGAAGAAUAAGAAGAAUCAGAACAUUAAAACAAAACAACCAGAACUGACUAAGAAGGAUAAAGGUGUCAGAGUCGGCAGAUGCCAUAUGAUCGAUAACCCUUACACCGAGAUUCAGGGGCUAAAUUUCUCUUCUACCGACACUACCGCCGAACAAAUACAACUCCCACCGGACGAUGUCUACAGGACUCUACCAGGAAGAGCCUUAAGUAGCUCCAGAGAAGACAGCCCGUGGGGAACAUCUCAGGAAUUCCCCCAGAGCAGAAGAAAUAAAUUAUUGCUGAACUCAAGAACAUAUCAAGAGUCAGACGGAAGAUAUGGAGAUGAAUACGAGAUGUGCAGGUACCUCACAAGAAGUGGAAGAUGGAACAAGUCAGAGGACAGAAUGAACAGGGACAAGAUCCAAUGA